AUGCAUUGGAACACCGAGAGCCCAGACACACGACGCGCGUACCGUGCCUCGUCCGAGGACAGCGAAGCUCGCGGGCACGAGAACAUUCCUUCUUCCGCAGGUCGUGGCCCGCCGAAUCCUUCAACUGCAUCCUCCUUCAGCUCCGUCUACGGGGUAGACUACAGCUCCACUACCGCGCUGCUCGUAAUGGAUAACGUGCUCGUCGCCAUGCCCCGCGAAUCGGGUUCGAUCGUUCGCGUAACAGAGUUGAGCUCCCCAGUCACUCCUGUUCGCGCAGAGUUCUAUACUGGAGAUGAGACGGACGGUGCUACUGAGCUCGACGAGGACAGUCUAGACCCGGAACUAUGGAGAGCGUUGUUCGAGGGCAUCGAGCCAGAAAGCCCGACAGAAGGGAACUGA